AUGGCAGCAAUGAAAAGUGAGAAACCUCCUACACCAUCCAAAAGCUGCAAGGAAUAUUCUCUGUAUGCUGCACGUCUCUAUGAUGCAGAAAACCCACACCCUCUGAGAGGCCUUUCAGGACUUUGUAUUGACUACUGCUCCGAGUUUCACCUCCACUGCUUCUCUGCCAUCCACCUGCUGACCAGUGACAAGCACAUCCAGGAGUGCUGUGAGACAAACAGGAACCACUUCUGCCACCUCCUGCAGUUCCAGGAUGAGAAUUACUGCUUCCCCCAGGUGCUGCAGAGCUUGGCCCUGAGCCGUAGCCUAGGCUCAGUGCUGGAGAAUCGUGGAGGCUGUGUCCAGCUGUGCCUGGCUGAGGUUGCCAGUGGCCUGAGAAACCUAGUGCUGAUGGCCCACGCUGCUGACUGGACCCACUACACCUUCAUAGCCGAGCAGCUGGGCCUUGUCUGGGUUUCCCUACCCAAUGGCAGCCAGCUGGAGUUGCCAUUCCUGGAUAUUCAGAGCAUAGUGCUGGCGACCCUGUGGCUGGGGGAUAAGAGGGGUUUCCUGGGGAUGGCUUUCCACCCCAAGCACAAGGACAAUGGGAAGUUUUAUAUCUGUUACUCAUACAUGGCUAAGACAUGGCUAAGAACUGAGGAAAAGAUCAGAUGCAGUGAAUUUAAGGUUUUGGCAUCUGAUGCCAACAAAGCUGACCCAAGCUCUGAAAGGAUUCUCCUGUAGCUUGAAGAACCAGCUGCAAAUCACAAUGAUGGGCAGCCUUUUGGUGUGGAUGGCUAUUUGUAUGUGUUCACAGGGGAUGGAGGGAAAGCUGGAGACCCUUUUGGAAAACUUGGGAAUGCUCAGAACAAAUAAGUAGGAGGGAGCACUUUGUUGGGGAAAGUGUUGAGGAUUGAUGUGGAUGGAAGAAGCCCUGAUGGAAAGCCUUACUGCAUCCCUCCUGAUAAUCCAUUAGUGUCUGAUCCCAAAGCCUGCCCGGAGGUUUAUUCCUAUGGGGUUAGGAAUAUGUGGUGUUGUGCAGUGGACAGAGGGGACCCUAUCACAAAAAAGGGAAGAGGGAGAAUAUUCUGUGGGGAUGUCAGGUAGAACAGGUUUGAGGAAACUGACCUCAUUGUUAAAGGAGGGAUCUAUGGCUGGAGAGCAAAGGAGGAGUUUGAAUGCUACGACAUUUUACUUUGUAUUUCUGUGUGUUUGACAGAUGACAUUCUGCCAAUAUUUGCAUAUGGUCGCAGUGUGGGCAAGUAAGUUACUGGAGGCUUUGUCUACAGGGGAUGUGAAUCACCCAACUUGAAUGGCCUUUAUAUUUUUGGUGAUUUCUGUGAGCUCCCCAAUCGACUUAUGGCUUUACAAGAAGGUGAGAAGACAAAUAAGUGGAAGAAGCAGGAUAUCUGCAUUGGCAGCACAGCAGCUUGUGCUUUCCCUGGAAUGAUCAAUUCCAGAGCAAAUAAUUUCAUCAUCUCGUUUGCUGAGGAUGAAGCAGGUGAACUGUAUUUUAUGUCUAUUUAUUAUCUCAGUGCCUAUACACCAUGUGGUUUGCUCUACAGGCUCAUUGAUCCUGGAAGGAGAGCUCCACCAGGGAAGUGUAAAUACAAGCCUGUUCCACUGAAAACAAAAAACAAGGGAAUACUAUUUCUUGCAUGA